AUUAACUUUGUUUGUUGCAUAAAUAUUCACCUCCACUUGGUAGAAUCACCUUUAGGGGCAACUGCAGCUGCAGCAUAUCUAAUUAUGAUACAACUAAAGGAUAUCAAGAACACAAGCAAUGUUUGCUACUACUCAUCUAGCCUAACCAGCACACAAUAUUGCUAACCAUAUGCCCAAUGCAUGGGUCUGGUUGGGCAGACCCAACCUGCCUGCCCACUAUGCCCCUUCCCCAGACCCACAAGUUGGUAACUGCAUGGACUGUAAGUGACGUCACUCUGGGAGAUGGAUCAACCAGGUGAUUUAAUUGACUUCUCCUCCUUAUAUUCAGCAUCUGUGCAUCAUGGCCCUGUUGGUCUUUUUCCUUCUGCUGUUGCCAUUACCUCUUCCUACUACAGCUUCCUCAACCAACGCUACCUCCUGUGGACCCACCGAUGAACAAAAUGGUGAAUGCAUAGAUGGUGUCUUGCUGCCUGCCUGGUUGCCUCACCCUCCAUCUACAGGAGACCGAGCAGCCCGAGCAAUUGUGUAUUUUGUUGCACUUGUCUACAUGUUCCUUGGCAUGUCCAUUAUAGCUGACCGUUUCAUGGCAUCCAUAGAGGUCAUAACUUCACAGGAACGUAGAGUCACUUUCCGGCGCCCAAAUGGCGAGGUGACAGUCACCAGUGUACGCUUGUGGAAUGAGACUGUUUCCAAUUUAACAUUGAUGGCCUUAGGUUCCUCAGCACCAGAAAUAUUGCUUUCAAUCAUUGAGGUGGUUGGACGAGGGUUUGAAGCAGGGGAUAUGGGCCCUAGUACCAUUGUAGGCUCAGCAGCAUUUAACAUGUUUGUUAUUAUUGGCCUUUGUGUUGCAGUUGUCCCUGAUGGAGAAAGCCGACGUAUUCGCCACCCGCGUGUCUUUGCAGUCACUGCAUUUUGGAGUGUUUUUGCCUAUGUAUGGCUUUUCCUGAUCCUGUCUUGGUCCUCACCUGGAGAAGUGGAGGUGUGGGAAGCUCUGCUUACAUUCCUAUUCUUCCCUCUGUGUGUCUUGCAAGCCUGGAUAGCUGACAGGCGUCUUCUUUUCUACAAAUAUGCUGGACGUGGGCGGGAAGGUAGAGCUAAAUACAGGGCAGGAAAGAGCAGAGGAGUACUUGUGGGGGCAGAAGAUACAGGAGUUCAAGAAGAGGCUGGAGAGUUGAGAUUGGCUGGGGGAGAAAGACUAACAGAUGAGGAGGAAGAGGAGGAGAGAAGGGAUAUGGCCAGAGUUUUUAAAGACAUGCGUCAAAGAUAUCCAGGAAAAGACAUGGAGCAGUUGAUGGAGUUGGCCAAUUACCAGGCCCUUGUUCAACAGCAGAAAAGCAGAGCUUUCUACAGAAUACAGGCCACCAGAAUGAUGAUUGGAGCAGGAAAUGUACUGAAGAAACAUGCAGCAGACCAAGCUAGAAGGGCCUUGACAGAUGGAGGGCCCAGAGAUGGAGAAGGGGGAGGGCGUGGAGAAGAUGAAGAACCCUGGACUGAGGUGGAAUUUGAACACACACAUUAUCAGUGUUUUGAAAACUGUGGUACAGUUAGCCUCUGGGUGACUUGCAGAAGGGCUGAAGGAGAGGGUGCUGUGCAAGUGGACUACAGGACAGAAGAUGGCACAGCCAAUGCAGGGUCUGAUUAUGAGCUGGCCGAAGGUACACUAGUCUUCCAGCAAGGGGAAAUAAGGAAGGAGUUGCACUUGGGCAUUAUUGAUGAUGAUGUGUUUGAGGAGGAUGAACAUUUCUACGUACAAUUGAGCAACCCACGGAAGGCAAGAGGGGUAAGGGAGGGACCAGGCAGGAUAAGACUGGGAAAUGGUUGGAGGGCCACAGUGACUAUUUUUGAUGAUGACCAUGCAGGGAUCUUCAGCUUUGAAUCAGGCAGCAUGAGGGUGAGUGAGAGUGUGGGCACGAUGAGGGUAAAAGUAGUACGAGGAUCAGGUGCCAGAGGAAAAGUGGUAAUUCCCUACAAGACCAUGGAGGGCAGUGCCAAGGCAGGAGAAGAUUACCUUGAAGUGGCAGGGAAGGUCGAGUUCCAGAAUGAUGAGACCUCGAGAUUCAUUGAAAUACAGGUCAUUGACGAUGAAGAAUAUGAGAAAAAUAAAAAUUUCUACGUAGAACUUGGGGAGCCAGAAAUGCAGAGAUCAGGAGAUUCUGGUGAAAAGUGGGUAGUGCCAGCCAAGGGAGGAGGAGAAGUAGCUGGAAGUCCCAGUUUGGGGGAGCACCGUAAGAUGGAAGUCAUAAUAGAAGAGUCCUAUGAGUUUAAGAACACGGUGGAUAAGCUGAUUAAGAAAGCCAACCUAGCGCUUGUGGUUGGGAGCAGCAGCUGGAGGGAGCAGUUUGUCAGUGCAGUGACUGUCAGUGCUGGAGAUGAUGAUGAUGAUGAAAGCAGUGAGGAAGGGCUGCCCAGUUGCUGUGACUACAUCAUGCAUUUCCUGACCGUCUUCUGGAAGGUUCUCUUUGCUUUUGUGCCACCCACUGAGUACUGGGGUGGAUGGGCCUGCUUCCUUGUUUCCAUCUGCAUCAUUGGGAUACUCACUGCUGUCACUGGGGACCUGGCCGCUCACUUUGGCUGCACUGUGGGACUCAAGGACUCUGUCACUGCUGUGGUCUUUGUUGCUUUGGGAACGUCCGUACCAGACACCUUUGCAAGUAAAGUUGCAGCAGUGCAGGACCCCCAUGCAGACGCUUCGAUUGGUAAUGUGACAGGCAGUAAUGCCGUGAAUGUUUUCCUGGGCCUAGGUGUAGCAUGGAGUAUUGCUGCCAUAUACUGGGCUGGCAAAGGUCAGAGAUUCCAUGUGGUCCCUGGGAACCUUGCAUUCUCAGUCACCCUCUUCACAGGACUCUCCAUUAUCUGCCUCGUCAUUCUUCUCUAUAGAAGGCGCCCUCCUGUUGGUGGGGAAUUGGGAGGCCCGCGGAUCCCUAAAGUCAUUACCUCUCUCUUCUUCUUUGGCCUGUGGUUGGUGUACAUCCUGUUGGCAUCUCUGGAGGCUUAUUGUCACAUCCGUAGCUUCUGACAUCUUUCAUCAGCACAAGUCUUCAUUGGAAUCUGUCUUCCAGGAGUCCUGGGGCACAGCUAACAUCUAGGGUUGUGGGGACUGCUUCUGGGACAACUUAUUGCAUCUCUGGUGGCACUGACAAAAAAUUCACUGUUACGAGAAGUUUGUCUUCCCUAACUCCUACUGGGCCAAUAACUAAUCGUCCUAGGCCCUAGACUAGCAAGAAAUUACCACUGUUCUAUAUUUUUUAAUGGGAUAGUAAUACCAUACUUUGAGGCAAUAAAUACCAUUUCCAUCUAUUGAACUCACCAGCCAUACAAGAGGCACAAAGACCAUUAGAGCUAUGGAGAGGAACAGGACAUCCAAGGAGUCCAAAGCCUUUCCCUACUACCUUAUUCUAUGAACAUUACUACAAACAGCACAAUAUAACACAAUGAAUUUUCACAUAUGGGGCUGGAAAUGUCUUUUUAGGGUGUCUGCUCAUUUUCAAGGACUUGUUAAGCAUUUUGGAAUUGUUACGUUGGGUUAAUAUUUGGAUGAGGUAAAAGAGGUAGAAGUGGCAUAGAGACAGAAUGAAGGGGAAGAGUGAGAGAGUAAAAAUAGCAGAGGGGGUUGCAGGGUGAAGCUCUUAGGAGUGUUGUUGCAGCAGCUGAAAGGACCUUGCCCCCUCCCCCCCCCCAAAAUAGAGCUGUUACACAAGAAAUUGUUGUAUGAAUGGGCCAGUUGUGUUGCCAUGUGUACAAAAAAGUCAGACAUGGGUAGAUUGAAGGGGUGACAUUAAACAGAGGAUAUAUAUAUAGCAGAGGCAAAAGAAGAGUGCAGAAGAGAAGUCAGGCUAUAGAGCGCUGUUGUGGUAUAUCAGUAGGGCAGAGCUAGAAUGCAGGAGGAUGGAAAUUAAGAUAUAAAUGGGAAUUUUAUUCACCACAUUAAGAUUAAAAAGAGCUUAUUUAAUGUCUGGUGUUUCUGUUAAGCGGCUGGCUUGACUACAGAAUAACUUGUUUAACAGCUGUCUGAUAGGGCUGAUUUUAUAGGCCAACACUUGACAAAGAUACAAACACAACAGUCAACACAAUGCUGUAUGUUUGUGAAGGAGAAAGUUUCUGCCAUUUGCCAAUGCUUCUCGUGAUGCAGAACCAGCAGUGCACUCUGUCCCGCACUCUGUCCCGCAGACAUGGCCACUGCUCAAUAUGCCUGCUGUGCCUGUGCCACCGGGCAGAGAUACAAAGCAGCAGCAAGGAAGCGGUGAGUGGAGAGUUAGUGACUGAUGUAAAAGUACAGGAUAAAUCCGAUCAUUUAGCCACACAGGAAAUGGUGAGGGUUGAGGUGUUAGAAAGACAUAAGUGUGCCCCCAGGGAGGUAGGGAAACAAAAGAUGAAUGAAUGAAAGUGAUAGAUAGGGAGGGUCUCAUUAGGGAGGUCUCAGCAGUCACUGCUUGUGGGUCCCUUGCAGCUGAGGGCGCUGUACCUUUAGUGCUCCGGUGCUGGUGUGGUACCAGCAAUAUGUAUGCCACUUUUAAUGCCAUUACUAUGGAGUUUUGUGUGUGUAAAUGACCCAAAGAGCAGUAAGACGGGAGAGUCAAUUCCACUGUGAGAUAGAUGGCGGUGAGGUGGUGGCACAAUGCCAAGACAGAUGGACUGGCACUUGUUGCUUCUCCUUGUUACAGUGUAUGUAGUUGUUACGGUCUGUGUGCAAUAACUUGUGACAUGUUCUGUAUGUGUGCAACUGUGUGUGUGUGCAACAGUUACCUGUUUGUAAAACUAUUACAUGAAAACUAUAGCGUCAAUACAUGUUACUGUAUUACGGAAGCAGAACAUGAGGAGCGGCCCAGGGCCCCGCUAGGGAGAGUUUAUACACAAUAAAUGUGCCGCCACACUUGUGCUUCUAUAUUAACUUGUGUAUUUGUAUGUUUUGCUGCUUCGCAUGGUCACAUUUUAUUUGUAUUUCUAACUUAAUGAGAGGAAUAUAUGUGUGAAUGUAUUACCCAACAGCAUGCUUCCAUACUGCUGUGUUUACAGAUAUACUGCCAUUAUAAUGUGCGGGAAGAUAUAUCCUCCCCCUCUUUGAAUUGAGCUCAUUCAAUUAUUUAUUUACACAGACUUACCCGAUUACAAAAAUUACACUCCCUACCAUGUCUCCUCUAGCUUACAUUCCCCUAGGGAGGGUGGGACCAUGCCUGGUGGGAUCCUGCUCACCCCAACCCUGCCUCCACACACAAGGCCCAAACAGCCCCCCAUCUGUCUAUGGCAUCUUACAGCAACCCCACUGGCAUUUGCCAGAAUUCACAGUUUGCCAUUCUGGGCCAGGCUGGAAGAGACAAUCAUGGGUGGUAGGCCCUGACUGGCAAUCUAUGGAUUCUGGCAAAUGCCAGAGAGGCUGUAAGAUGCCAUAGACAGUCACUAUUUAUUGGGUGGUGGGGGUCUGUUUGGGCCUCUGUGUGCUUGAUAUGCCAGGGCCUAUUUUCCAUCCCAGUCCAGACCCAAACUGAAUGAGCUUAUGUCAGAAAGAGAGGGAAUUUUAACCACAUUUCUGAGAAAAGAGAGAGUAUAACAGAUAGCCAAAUAAUUAUAUAAAAAUAUAUAUAUAUAUAUAUCUGUUGUACUCUCUCAGAAAUGUGUUUAAAAAAUAUAUAUAUAUAUAAAGCUUUUGCUAUAAUAUUUUCAUUUUUUUACAUAAUGGUAAGGUAUGACAUGGGCAAAUUGUAUUUUGGCUAUAGUUUCCUUCCAAGUAUGUAUGUGGUUCCCUGUUAUUAAUCUUAUUAUUGCAGUACUUGAGCACAUUUAGGGCUAGGUUUUAUAUAGAAACAAAUGUUUGUACGGAAACGGUUUUCUCAUUACAUCUGUGUGUAUUCACUUGCACUUUGGCCUCGUACCAUCACUAAGGCUUAGCCAGUAAUGUGUUGCCAUAACCAGGAUGAUGUCUGUAUAGAAUCUGGCCCUUCCGAUGCUGAAUUUUUCUUCUCGGUGUGUUUGUUUCAAAGUGUCUUGGAUAUUUCCAUAUUUCCCAGUGAACGGUGUUUAUGUUUGUUACACAGAUGACUUGUGCCAUGAAUAUACGGCUAGGUUUGCCAACAUUU